CGGCGCCUCACAGUGCUGCCGUUCGCGGGGCUCCUCUACCCGGCCUGGUUGGGAGCCGCGGCCGCCGGCUUCUGGGGUUGGGGCAGUAACUGGGCUCAAGUCCCCGAGGCCGCGCUACUGGUACUCGCCACCAUCUGCCUCGCGCACGUGCUCACCGUUCUCUCUGGGCACUGGUCCGUGCACGCGCACUGCGCGCUCACCUGCACCCCGGAAUACGACCCCAGCAAAGCAACCUUUGUGAAGGUGAUGCCGACCCCCAACAAUGGCUCCACCGAGCUCGUGGCCCUGCACCGAGACAAGGGCGAACAUGGUCUGGAAGUGCUGUCCUUCGAAUUCCAGAAGAUCAAAUACUCCUAUGACGCCCUGGAAAAGAAGCAGUUCCUUCCCGUGGCCUUUCCUGUGGGAAACGCUUUCUCCUUCUACCAGAGCCACAGAGGGUUCCAGGAAGAUGCGGAGAUCCGGGCUGCUGAGAAGAAAUUUGGGAGCAACAAGGCUGAGAUGGUGGUGCCCGACUUCUCCGAGCUUUUCAAGGAGAGGGCCACAGCCCCCUUCUUCGUGUUUCAGGUCUUCUGUGUGGGGCUCUGGUGCCUGGACGAGUACUGGUACUACAGUGUCUUCACGCUGUCCAUGCUGGUGGCUUUCGAGGCGUCCCUGGUGCAGCAGCAGAUGCGGAACAUGUCGGAGAUCCGCAAGAUGGGCAACAAGCCGCACAUGAUCCAGGUCUACCGGAGCCGCAAGUGGAGGCCCAUCGCCAGCGACGAGAUUGUGCCUGGGGACAUCGUGUCCAUCGGCCGCUCUCCACAGGAGAACCUGGUGCCGUGCGACGUGCUGCUGUUGCGUGGCCGCUGUAUCGUGGACGAGGCCAUGCUCACCGGGGAGUCCGUGCCACAGAUGAAGGAGCCGAUCGAGGACCUCAGCCCAGACCACCUACUGGACCUGCAGGCCGACUCCCGGCUGCACGUCAUCUUUGGGGGCACCAAGGUUGUGCAGCACAUCCCCCCCCAGAAGGCCACCACAGGCCUGAAGCCGGUUGACAAUGGGUGCGUGGCUUAUGUCCUGCGGACUGGCUUCAACACCUCCCAGGGUAAGCUGCUGCGCACGAUCCUCUUUGGGGUCAAGAGAGUGACCGCCAACAACCUGGAGACCUUCAUCUUCAUCCUCUUCCUCCUGGUCUUCGCCAUUGCGGCAGCUGCCUACGUGUGGAUCGAGGGCACCAAGGACCCCAGCCGGAACCGCUACAAGCUCUUCCUGGAGUGCACCCUCAUCCUCACCUCAGUGGUGCCCCCCGAGCUGCCCAUCGAGCUGUCCCUGGCUGUCAACACCUCUCUCAUCGCCCUGGCCAAGCUCUAUAUGUACUGUACGGAGCCCUUCCGGAUCCCCUUCGCUGGCAAGGUGGAGGUGUGCUGCUUCGACAAGACGGGGACUCUGACCAGCGACAGCCUGGUGGUGCGUGGUGUGGCUGGGCUGAGGGACGGGAAGGAGGUGACCCCUGUGUCCAGCAUCCCUGUAGAGACACACCGGGCCCUGGCCUCGUGCCACUCCCUCAUGCAGCUGGACGAUGGCACCCUGGUGGGUGACCCCCUGGAGAAGGCCAUGCUGACGGCCGUGGACUGGACACUGACCAAAGAUGAGAAAGUAUUCCCCCGAAGUAUUAAAACUCAGGGGCUGAAAAUUCACCAGCGCUUUCAUUUUGCCAGUGCCCUAAAGCGAAUGUCUGUGCUGGCCUCCUACGAGAAGCUGGGCUCCACUGACCUCUGCUACAUCGCGGCCGUGAAGGGGGCCCCCGAAACCCUCCAUUCCAUGUUUGCCCAGUGCCCACCCGACUACCACCACAUCCACACCGAGAUCUCCCGUGAGGGAGCCCGCGUGCUGGCCCUGGGGUACAAGGAGCUGGGGCACCUCACCCACCAACAGGCCCGGGAGGUGAAGCGGGAGGCCCUGGAGUGCAGCCUCAAGUUCGUGGGCUUCAUCGUGGUCUCCUGUCCACUCAAGGCUGACUCCAAGGCCGUGAUCCGGGAGAUCCAGAACGCGUCACAUCGGGUGGUCAUGAUCACAGGGGAUAACCCGCUCACCGCCUGCCACGUGGCCCAGGAGCUGCGCUUCAUCGAGAAGGCCCACACACUCAUCCUGCAGCCCCCCUCGGAGAAGGGUGGCCUGUGCACGUGGCGCUCCAUCGAUGGCAGCAUUGCACUGCCCCUGGCCCCCGGCUCCCCCAAGGGGCUGGCGCGGGAGCACGCCCUGUGCCUCACAGGUGACGGCCUGGCCCACCUGCAAGCCAGUGACCCCCAGCAGCUGCUGCGCCUCAUUCCCCAUGUGCAGGUGUUCGCCCGCGUGGCCCCCAAGCAGAAGGAGUUCGUCAUCACCAGCCUGAAGGAGCUGGGCUACGUGACUCUCAUGUGCGGAGACGGCACCAACGAUGUCGGCGCCCUCAAGCACGCCGAUGUGGGGGUGGCGCUGCUGGCCAAUGCCCCCGAGCGGCUUCCAGAGCGUCCUCUACCUGGAGGGCGUCAAGUUCAGCGACUUCCAGGCCACACUGCAUGCGCCCCACACCCCACGGCCCCUUGCUCACUGCCCCCUGUCGCCCCAGUCUGCCACGUGAUCAAGCAAGGUCGCUGCACGCUGGUGACCACACUGCAGAUGUUCAAGAUCCUGGCGCUCAACGCCCUCAUCCUGGCCUACAGCCAGAGCGUCCUCUACCUGGAGGGCGUCAAGUUCAGCGACUUCCAGGCCACACUGCAGGGGCUGCUGCUGGCCGGCUGCUUCCUCUUCAUCUCCCGCUCCAAGCCCCUAAAGACCCUGUCCCGAGAGCGGCCCCUGCCCAACAUCUUCAACCUGUACACCAUCCUCACCGUGGUGCUGCAGUUCGCUGUGCACUUCCUGAGCCUCAUCUACCUGUACCAGGAGGCCCAGGCCCGCAGUCCCGAGAAGCAGGAGCAGUUCGUAGACCUCUACAAGGAGUUUGAGCCCAGCCUGGUCAACAGCACUGUGUACAUCAUGGCCAUGGCCAUGCAGAUGGCCACCUUUGCCAUCAACUACAAGGGCCCGCCCUUCAUGGAGAGCCUGCCCGAGAACAGGCCCCUGCUGUGGAGUCUGGCCGUGUCCCUCCUGGCCAUCGUCGGCCUGCUGCUCGGCUCCUCACCCGACUUCAACAGCCAGUUCGGCCUCGUGGACAUCCCGGUGGAGUUCAAGCUGGUCAUCGCCCAGGUCCUGCUGCUGGACUUCUGCCUGGCGCUGCUGGCCGACCGUGUCCUGCAGUUCUUCCUCGGGACCCCGAAGCUGAAAGUGCCUUCCUGAGACAGCGGUGCUGGAACCCACCGCGCACCCCAGUGCCGCCCUGCCGGGGAGGGAACUCGGCCCCCACACCCUGAGUAGUGGAAGACUGAGUCCUGCUAGCGGGACCAGCCCCAGGCCGGCACCUUUGGUAAAUAAAGCAGCACUCGAAAUUUUAAGAAGCUCUACGUCCACCUCGUCUGU